CUCUUCUUUUCUCUCUCUUUCCUAUAUCGACGAUCCGCGAAUUAAAAAGGGGACUUGCGCCGCCCGACAGGAUUUAUUCGCGAAGACGCAACGAGUGAUCUUCGCAUCGAGUGCAAUCGCGACUGUGAUUGAUACUGGUUACUGCAAGUCGUUUCAUUUUUGUCAAAGAGAGAGAGAGAAAAAAAAUAAAAGUUACGUUCUUUUGUGAUGCGUCUACGAAAAGUGAACUUUAAAAAACUAUGAUCGCUACAAAUUCUCGAUCAUUUUCAAAUUGUCUUUAGAUAAAUCGACAAAUGCCUUCUUUGAUCUAUUGAUCCGCCUCGAUAUUCUCCGACCUAGUAAGGUCGGCGUGUCGGGACAGACAGCGAAUGGAAUGACAUUCUGUGUUUAUUUUGACAUUCGAUGACUUCAUUCAUAAUUGAUUGUUAAUUUUGAGGAAAAAAUGAGGGUAUCGAAGAUAUCUUGACCGGGAUCAAGACAUAUAAUUUAAAUCUGAUAGAGAACCGGAUAGAGAAAUCUGUCCGGUAUUUCUUUCGCUGUUCUUCCCACUCUCUUUCUCAGAGAGCUUGUGAGUUACAUAAAGACGGAUUUUACUGGUCAGUUAAUGAACCCGGUUGUGCGUGCACUCGAGGAACAUCCAACAACGACGAAGACGUCAACGGCGAAAACGACGAGGACGACGAUUGGGCAUGUAUUAUGCUGAAGCCAAGGAUGAAGGACCAACGGCGAGACCACGUCGAGUGAAAGUGAAGCUGGGGGAACUUGCGUCUUACCUGGACCAGGUGUGAAAGUGCAGUGCGUAAUACGAACGCAGGGAAACACGUGGUGUGGUGGUACCUGUCGAAAUCGCGCUAUCGGCACGACGGCGAUGACGUGAACGAGGCAGUAGUGAUGAUAACGCCGGCAAUAAUGACGACGCAGAUGCGUGCUCACCGCGAGAACAAUGCUCGGUGCAGUGACAGUAGAUGAUGCUAAUGAUGAUAAUGAUAACAAUGUUGAUGAUGAUCUCCUAUAGACACGACACUCACCUUGGAUCAACGUGCUUACAACCGCCAAUUAAAAUAUACAGUAAUUAGUUAGUUAUCUCGGGCGGAUUAUCCAAUCCGCUUUUAUUCCACUUUUAUUCCACUUUUAUUUGACGAUCGACGGUCUCGUUCAUCAGUUGGAAAUUGACCGUUCCAAGACUAUCAAGAAACCGAUUCGAAUAAAAGCGCGAUUGAAACAACGAGCGCUUUCUGUGCAAGCGAUUAUUUAUAAGAAACGUUCGGUUGAAUAGAAAUAAUAUCAUCGAGCCGAAUCAACGAGUGUUUCGUCAGCGUUACAUUGAGUGUGAUCAAUUGUUUUGUCGAUCGACGGAGAAAAGAUUGUUUUCCUCUAAAACGUGAGUCGAUCGACGAUUAAAAAUGAAGUUCAUCGCGUCCUUGUUCGGGACGAGGUCCCCAAAGGCGAUGGGAAGGCAAUACAUGAAGGUCGGUAGAAACGCCCUUUUUGGUGUAAGAACUGACAACGGUGACAAUAUUUGUUCUGAGAAGGUGCCGAGGCCGCUAUCUUUCCUAAUUUCUAGAAGGGGAAAACUCAGGCACGGCAGGAUAGCAGCAAUCUGUCUAGGUCUUCUUGCACUUGUGAUCGGCAUAGUGCUCAGUAGCAUACCGUGGGUCGAUUACCUCAUCUUGAAACAACUGCGAUUAUGGAAUGGUUCGCUCUCCUUUCAAUAUUGGCAGAAGCCAGGUGUAAUUCGAUUGACCAAAGUCUACAUAUUUAACGUAACCAACACAGAGAGUUUUUUGCAGUACAAUGAGAAACCGAAACUCCAGGAAGUUGGUCCGUUCGUUUAUCGAGAGGAUAUGGAAAAAGUUAACAUCGUGUUUCAUAAUAAUGGAACUGUUAGUUAUCAGCACAAAAAAAUUUUGAACUUUGUGCCUGAAAUGUCUGAAGAUGGAGAUACUAAAGUGAUGGUACCGAAUAUACCUUUACUGACACUUACAACGCAAAGCAAGAGUCUCCCUCACUUCAUUACACUAGCAAUGUCUAUUGCCUUGAGUACAACGAAUAUGAAACCUUUCGUGUCUAUAACUGCGCAGGAAUUAGUCUUUGGAUAUGACGAUCCGUUAGUUACUCUUGGUCAUCAAUUUCUUCCCAAAACAAGACGGCCCAUGAGCAGAAUGGGCCUUCUUCUUGGAAGAAACGGUACAUUAAGCGAGAUAUCUACAAUAUUCACUGGACACACGGGUAUGAAAGAGUUUGGUUUGAUAAAUCGAUUGAAUGGGCUCGAUCACUUGUCAUACUGGCCGAACGCACCGUGUAACUCCAUUACGGCUUCAGAAGGAUCGUUCUUUCCGCCACGGGACCAAACCGGUGCAGAUAUCGUUCACGUCUGGGACAAGGAUCUCUGUAGGACACUGCCAUUGCAGUACCGUGGCCCAGUAGAAAAAACGGGCAUCAAGGCGGAUUUAUAUACUCCGUCGGAUGAUGUUUUUGGGCGGCCAAAUGAAACAGCGCCGACGGAAGAUGAAUGCUUCUGCACGGACGGAAUCGCUACUUGCCCUCCGCAAGGCUUGCAAAAUAUUAGUCCAUGCCAAUAUAGUGCGCCAGUUUAUCUCUCGUUUCCACAUUUUUACAAAGCUGAUCCUAAAUUGUUAGACGCCAUUGAUGGACUCAAGCCAGUUGAAAAACUGCACGAAACAUAUUUCAAAAUCCAACCAAAAUUAGGAGUGCCGAUUGAAGCGAAGGUUCGCGUCCAGAUGAAUCUGAAGGUAGAACGACAGCCCAAGAUCGCAGUGGUUUCAAAUUUUCCCAAUAUAGUUUUCCCAAUCAUGUGGCUCGAGGAAGGCAUAGAAGAGCUCACACCAUCUAUUAGGCGGUUGAUUUACUUGGCGACUACUUUCGCCGAUAUCGCUGUGCCUUGCAUAACGUACGGCAUGAUUCUAGUCGGUUUGACGAUCAUCGUUACAGUGUUCGUGAAGGCAUACAAUAGCCCGGUACUGGCGCACGAGGCGAUCGAGCUCGGUAAGAGGACUAUCAGAAGAGGAUCAUCCUUCUUGAUAAAUGGCCAGCACCGACUAUUGUCUGGUCGAGACUCUUAUAUUUUACUAAGCAACAACGAUAUUGAUGAGAAGCAAGACGUUAUAGAGAUCUAA